UUCAAAUGUUUACGAAUCAAAUUUAGUUGGUUUUCAGUUAAAUGUUUACUUUCAAAAAGAUAUAUUGAUGGUAUUAACAAGAAGUUCUUACAAAUCAUCGAAUUUCAUUAAUUCGGAUCAGAUUUUCCAAAAAAAAAUCGAGUGUAAAAUUGAAUUUCGAAACAAAAAAUCAUUCAAAUUAAACAAAAAAAAUCUCACAAAAAUAAUAAAGUUUCCAUUGUGAAGUAUCCAGAAAAACGCCCACUUUUUCAAUUCAGUUACCAUCAAUAAGUUUACAUACAGUCUUUCAGUUCGUGUAUUUCUUUUAUCAAUUUCAGUCGAAAAAAAUGCAUUAAAAUGACGAAAUUAAAAUUAGUAUUAUUAAUUUUUUUGUGGAGAAGUUGUGACAGUGCUUACUUUGACGAUCAGCCAAAAUUUUUGACCGAAAAUGGUAAUUUUGUGAUUGAAUCGGCCGUCGAUCGGAAUAUAUCAUUUCGAUUGAAAGGAAGCAGCUAUUUAAAUAUUAACGAUGUGAAUGUGAUGACUAUGAUGAAAUUCGGCGGCGGAUUGAAUCAAUCGAAUGUGCCGAAUUCAAAUUUGGCACUUCGAUUGUCUUGGCUUGAGGAACACGUUCGAGGAAUUUUAUCCGAUGAUAAUUUAACGACAAAUCGUAAUCGAUUCAUAUUACAACGUUUAUCUUUGAUUGAAGGCAGAAUGAACAGUUCAUCACGUGGCACAAAUACGACCAAUCUUAAUCGACGCCUACGUCGACUUGAAGAAAAAGUCAAUCGAUUGGUGGAACGCUUGAAUGCCGAUAAUUGCUCGUCAAAUCCAUGUCGAAAUGGCGGUAAAUGCAUGAACAUAUUCAAUGGUUAUACUUGUAACUGCCCAAAGGAAUGGACCGGAGUUAGUUGUGAAGAAGAUGUAAACGAAUGCAGCAAUUUUGCUGGCACUGAUUUGGGUUGUCAAAAUUCGGCUACAUGCGAAAAUACGCCUGGUGGAUACAAUUGUCGUUGUACUCCGGGUUGGCAUGGAAUUCAUUGCACGAAAAGCACUGUUGACUGCUUAGCAACGUCGUCGUACGAGAUGUGCGGUCAUGGUGUGUGUGUCCAAACAAAAGACGGCAUUGGUUAUCGAUGUAUUUGCAAUCAAGGAUGGACUAGCAAUGGUACAUCUUUGGCUUGCACAGUUGAUGUGAAUGAAUGUGAGCUACCAAAUCCACAUUGUUCAAUGGACCCCGAAGUAAAUUGUAUCAAUUUACCUGGUACAUACACAUGUGGACAGUGUCCUCAUGGUUUUACUGGGAACGGCCAUUAUUGUCGGGAUAUUGAUGAAUGCGCUAUCGAUAACGGCGGUUGUAGCACAUCUCCAUUCGUUUCAUGUAUCAAUACAAGAGGUUCAUCAAAAUGCGGCCAAUGUCCUUUUGGUUACGCCGGUGAUGGUCGUGUUUGUAUUCGAACAAGUAACACUGGAAUUCAGCCAACGAACGGUCAAAGCCGUUGUGAUAAUCCAAACGUAUGCCAUCCAUUGGCUACGUGCGUUCAAAAUUUGUAUGCAGUCACAUGUGUUUGUCCUCCACAUUAUGUUGGCAAUGGAAUCGGCCCAUUUGGUUGUACUCGGUCAACAAGUGCCAACAGUACUAUUGAUGGAUGCUCAUCAUCAAAUCCCUGCCAGAAUGGCGGAACCUGCAUAAGUGUUGGUUCAUUUGGCUAUCGAUGCCAGUGCCCACCCCAUACCAACGGUCCGCGUUGCGCUCGCUCAGUGAACGCUUGCUCGCCGAACCCUUGCCAAAAUGGGGGAACAUGCACUUUGAAUAGUCGCUUUUUGUAUCGCUGUACAUGCCCGCCCAGCCGAACUGGUCGAAAUUGUCAAAUGGAAGUUCGUUCUUGUGGUGGUGUACUCAAUGGAUUUAAUGGAACUCUUAAAUAUCCAUUAUCUGCUGUCUAUCCUCAUAAUGCACGAUGCGCAUGGUUAAUUAAAACUGACGAAAAUAAAGUGCUGAAUGUCACAUUUACAAAGUUUAAUUUGGAACAUUCAGUAGAAUGUCGAUUCGAUUGGUUGCAGAUUCAUGAUGGACGAUCAUCUGCUUCAUACAUGAUUGGAAGAUUCUGCGGCCAAAACUUGCCAAAGGGAGGCAACAUAAUAUCAACCCAAAAUAUGCUCUAUUUGUGGUUUAGAUCUGAUAACAGUACGACAGAUGGAGGAUUUGAACUUAAAUGGAACAGCACAGAGCCAGUGUGUGGCGGCAAUGUUGCAAUAAAAUCGCAUGGUAUAAUUUCAUCGCCUGGUUCACCGGGUAAUUAUCCACCAAAUCGAGAUUGUAUAUGGAAAUUAGCAGCACCGGAAAAUAGCCGCAUUCAAUUGCACUUCUUUACUUUGCAACUAGAACCUCAUGCAUCAUGUAAUUAUGAUUACUUAGCGAUUCAUAAUGGACUAUCGACGGACGGUGAUUUAUUGGAGAAAUACUGUAGUACAAUGCAUCCACAACCGCUUACGAGUCCCGAUAAUACGCUUACAUUGCAUUUCCAUUCAGACGGUGAUUCAACCGACUCUGGUUUCCAAAUCCAUUAUUCGAUUGUCGAGGGAAUUCAAGGGUGUGGUGGUACGUUCACUGGAAAAAGUGGCGAAUUUGGGUCGCCAAUACAAGAUGGACGCUAUCCAAAGAACAUUGAAUGUCAUUAUCUUAUUAAAAUGCCACGUAAAAAUGAAACCCGAGUCAAACUAUCAUUUACCACGUUCAAAUUGGAAGGCAGUAGUUCGUGUAGCUUUGAUUAUGUUGAGAUUUAUGAAGGCAACAAUACAAAUGCACCAAAAGUUGGAAAAUGGUGUGGCACUCGAUUGCCUCCCGACUAUUCAUCACUGUCAAAUGAAGUCCUUGUUGUUUUUCACACUGAUUUUUCGUUCAGCGACGAAGGUUUUCGCCUAAAAUAUGAAACAGUUUGUGGUGGAAAAUUCGAAGAUGAAAAUGGUGUAAUCACAUCACCAUGGUAUCCAAAUCCAUAUGAAGACAAUAAAAAUUGUAUAUAUGAUAUUCAGGCACCAUUGGGGAAAUCGAUUAUUUUGAAUUUUACCGCUUUUGAUAUUGAGGCCGAUUGUGAUUUUGAUUCGUUGAGCAUAUACGAUGGUGUUGACAGCAAUAGCACACUAAUCGGACAAUAUUGUGGCAGCAAUAAACCACCGGUUGCAAUGUCAACUAUGAAUCAUUUGCACUUGGUGUUCAGUACCGAUUCGUCAAAUCAGGGGCCAGGCUUUAGAGCUCAGUAUUCAUUCAUCGAUGCCGGUUGUGGCGGAGUAAUCACAAAAGCAAAUCAAACCAUUUCACCGCCAUCAGAUGAUGAUGGAUACAAGCAUGGUGCCAAUUGUACAUGGAUUAUAGUUGCACCGCCCGGUUAUUUGAUUCAAUUAAAAUUCAGUUCAUUCGAUGUGGAAUCGUAUACUGGAUGCCCAUAUGAUUAUUUAAAAAUCUACGAUGACAUUGUUACCAGUGAAUCGAAACAACCGAUCGGAACCUAUUGUGGAACCCAAAAGCCACCGAUUCUUUUAAGUACAACACGUGCAUUGUCUAUUGUAUUCCGAAGCGAUGAAUCUGUUGCCGGAGAUGGAUUUAUGGCUACAUAUGACUUCAUUGACGGAAGAAAUUUGUGCGGUGGCAACAUUUACUCAUUGACUGGAUAUAUUUCUUCGCCAAACUUCCCAGAUCGAUAUCCACCAAAUAAAGACUGUGUUUAUGUGAUAAACGCACCAAACGGCAAACAAAUUCAAUUGAAUAUUGAAUCAUUUGAUUUGGAAGAAAGCAAUGGAUGCUCAUUCGAUUCUUUGGAAAUUAGAAAUGGUGCUUCAGACAAAAGCCCGCUGAUCGGUUCAUUUUGCGGUACAGAUAUUUUGCCAAGAUUCAAAUCGUUUUCGAAUCAUAUGUACUUGCGUUUCAAGACCGACUCUAGUAAUGAGAAUAAAGGUUUCAAAAUUAGCUACAAUACUGCAAUGACUGGUUGCGGUGGACUUUUCACAAAUGCUCAAAGUGGCACGAUAUCAUCACCCAACUAUCCGGAUACUUAUCCACCAAAUAUGCAGUGCGAUUAUACCAUUCAAGUAGCACGCGGUUCAACGGUGCAAUUGCUGGUGACUGACCUGAGUAUGGAGACUUCGGAAGAUUGCAAUUUUGACUAUAUCUCGAUUUAUGAUGGACCAACAUCCGCAUCACAUUUACUUGGAACAUAUUGCCACAGCGAACAAAUUAUUCAAUUGGAAUCGACAUCAAAUUCGAUUUUCUUUCGAAUGGUUACAGAUGUUAGCAAUCAAGAGCGUGGUUUUGAGGUGAAAUUCAAUGCGAACUGCAAGCGCGUAAUUCAAGAUUCACGAGGAGCCAUCGAAUCACCGAAUUUCCCGGCACAUUAUCCACAUUAUGCGAAUUGUGAAUGGAAACUGGUACCGACAAUGGGAAAUCGAGUAUUUAUUGAAUUUUCACACUUUGAUCUGGAGCAUACGUGGUCAAGUGAUAGUUUGAACAAUUGCAUGUUUGAUAGUCUUGUGAUUGAAGAGCGUGACAGUGCUGAUGUAGUUAUUAAAUCGGACAAAUACUGUGAAAAAAUGCCAAAACCAUUGAAUACCUCACAUACAGUUGUAAUGAAGUUCACGACCGAUUUCAGUAAUACAGCUGGUGGUUUUCAUUUGGAAUAUCAAAUUCAAGGUUGUGGUGGUAUUCUAAAUAAACCGGAAGGAAGUUUCACAUCUCCAAACUAUCCAAAUGGCUACCCAAGCGACACAAUUUGCAAAUGGACAAUUGAAGUUGAAUAUGGACAUUUGGUCGAAAUCACUUUCGUUGAUUAUGAUUUCGAAGCAUCACAAGGACAAGACUGCAAACAUGAUGGAGUGAUUGUUUCAAAUAAUGAAAAUGCAACGAACGUAAUACAAAAAUUCUGCGGAAGUAUUAAUGAUCUAAGUAAAAAAUCGGUCGUCACUUCGAGUGAGAAUCGAGUUUUUGUAAAAUUUUUCACGGAUCUUUCAUAUUCGGGCAGAGGAUUUUCGGCCACAUAUAAAUCGAUACCAGCCAAAUGUGGUGGACUAUUUGCAAUAACACAUGGAAAUAUUUCGAGUGUAAACUAUCCGAAUAACUAUCCUGGCAACACAAAUUGUCAAUGGUUACUUCGUACAGAACCGUCGCACACUCUUUCGUUCAAAUUCCUCGAUUUCGAUUUGGAGGAUCACGAAUGUAUGGCCGAUUUUGUAAGUAUUUAUGAUGGUAAAGAAAUGAAAAAUGAUAAACUAUUGCUGAGGACGUGUGGCUCUCAACCAUUUGUACCGGAUGCAGUAAAUCAAACGGCACGUCCUGGUUUUACGAAACCAAUUCGAUCCACCGGCAAUGAAAUGCUGGUUGUUAUGGAAACGGAUAGCUCCAUCGAAGCCAAAGGGUUUAAAGCUUCAUUUGAAACGUCUUGUGGAUCGAAAAUAGUCACAUCAUCGUCGGGCAUUAUUCAAAUUGGUCACAAUAUACGAUGGCUUGCCGAUGACUGCGAAUGGACGAUCACUGCAGAAAAUCCCAGUCAGCAUGUUUCGCUCAGCAUCAUGCACAUUGAAAAUGAACCCGUCUUUCAGAAAUACGUUGCACGCAUUACAAAUCAAUCUGUAAGCGAAUGCGUGAGAAAUAUUUUUAUUCACGAUGGCACAUCCACACGGUCUCCAAAAGUGGCCGAAAUUUGCUCAAACACACAUCCCCCAACGAUCAUCUCCGAAGGAAACUCUCUCACAAUUGCUCUGGGCGAAAUUGGCGAACAAGAUUUCGCAUUUACAUUUGAUCUAAAAGCAUAUUACUCUGUCAUUGAUAAUGCAUGUGGUGGUGUAUUUUCAUCUAUUUCCGGUCAAAUCGCAUCGCCUGGCUAUCCAAAGACCUACACAAAUAACAUUGAAUGUGAAUGGACUAUUCGUUCAUCGCCUGGAAAUAAAAUGGCGAUAAAUAUCAAUGUGCUGGAGAUUGAUGAGACGGAACACUGUAACGGCGACUAUUUGGAAAUUCGUGAAAAUAACAGUGGUGGAAAGGUGAUUGGCAUUUAUUGUGGUAAUAAUAUACCCCCAACACUUCCCCAUGCAAAUACCUACUGGUUGAAGUUCCGAAGUGACAACGAUGGCGUUGGACGUGGAUUUUUACUUGAAUACAGUUAUGUUAAAUUGGUGGAGCUGACAGGAGAAAGUGGUAUUAUAACAUCGUUGAUGUAUCCAAACUAUGUGUACUAUACGACCGGUUCGUACAAAUGGCGUAUCACAGUCGGAACAGAUAGUUUAAUCCGAAUCAAAAUCGAUAAUUGUAUCUUAAAACGUGACAGUCAAAUUCAAAUAUUUGACGGCUUUGACGUAGCAUCAGGGGUUUUAUCAAACAUUGCAACUGAUUCCAUUCCAACCGAACCAAUUAUCUCGAGCACGAAUAUUCUUUUGAUCGAAUUUCAGAUACCGACAUUCAGUGAAUCGAAAUUCAAACUAUUUUGGAGCGAAGUACCGAAAUUAGGUGACGACAUAACAAAUAAUGUAACAAAUAGUUUGAAUUGUUCACGUAAUUCAGUGAUAACUGUUCAUGAGCACGAAGAUAUAAGAUUGAAAUCACCUGGUUUUCCAUAUGGAUACACUAAUGGUGAAUUCUGUCAAUGGACAUUCUUACCAUCGAAAAUGGGUUAUCACAUUGGUGUCUCAAUGGUGACCGUUGAUUUAGAGUCGUCAUCAAAUUGUGUAACCGAUUAUGUGCGCAUCGAUAGUGGAUCGGAUAUGGAACGAUUCCAACAGGAAACACGAUUAUGUACAAUGGGUCAACUUUUGCGAAAUAAUCGUUUCCACGGAAAACCGAACUUGCGUAUACAAUUUAAUUCCGAUUUCUCUGAUAAUCGAACUGGUUUUGAGAGUGUUGUACGAUUAGAUUGUGGUGGAAAUUUCGAAGGUCCAUACGGUGAAAUUACGAGUAGAAUGACCGUUGCCAAUUUUUCACAUUUUUGGAUGAAUGAAACAUGUACGUGGACUGUGAGUGUGGCACGAGGUCGAACAAUUCAAUUUGAAUUUGAUCGCUUGAAUUUGGCAAAGACCACAGAUGGAUGCAUAAGUUACAUUGUUCUGAAAAAUGGCAUUCAUGAUGAUUCACCGUUCUUGGGCUCGGGCAAAUAUUGUAGCGGCAAACCAACAAUUCCAAGGUCAAGCAGUAACAAGGCAAUCGUACAAUUUGUCAGAAAUCGAGGAUUCAAUUCGCAAAAUGAUUUCAUUUUGAAAUAUCGACAAGUUGAAUAUGAUUGCGGUGGUUCGUUCCAAUUGAGCUAUGGCAAUAAUUCAACCAUUAUAGCGUCGCCCAACUAUCCAGAAAUACCAAGUGCACAUAUUGAGUGUAUUUGGCGUGUAACGGCGCCGAAUGGAGAACUCAUGAAAAUUGAAUUUUUGGAACGAUUCGAUUUGACACCGACACCAAAAUGUACAAGUGAAUAUGUUGAAAUUCGUGAAGGCAGCACAUCGAGCUCACCAGUUAUUGGGCAGUACUGUGGUUUUAAACCGCCACCAAUUUUCUCUCAAUCGAAUAUGAUAUGGAUGAAAUUCUUUACGGAUGUUUCGGUUCCUCGAAAUGGAUUCAAGGCAAAGGUUUCAUUGGCACGUUGUGGUAAAUCAGUCGUAGGAUACAGUGGCUAUAUGUCAAGUCCAGGAUUCCCAGGAAAGGGUGCUUAUCCAAUGCAAGCGACAUGCGAUUAUCACAUCACGGGUCGUAUUGGAACGGUCGUAAAUAUCACGCUAUUGAGUUUGGACCUACCAGAAGCAGACAAUUGCAGCACCGUCGAUCACAUAGUCAUCUAUUCGGUCAUUCGAAAUACAAACGGAAGUACGUCUAUGAGCGAAGUGACAAAAUUGUGUGGCAAUAUCAUACCCGAAAGUAUUUUGACCUUCAGUUCAGUUGCAUUGGUGAGAUUUGUUACGGUAUCGUCGAAUAGUUUGUAUAGCGGUUUUCGUCUUAGGUUCCAAUCGAGCGUUGAUGUGUGUGGUGCUCGAAUCGAAGCAUCAAAUGGUGUCAUUCAAAGUCCUGGCUAUCCGAUUAGUCCAGAUGCUUCUCGUUACUGUGAAUGGAUGAUAACUGUGCCCAAAGGUCGACGUGUUAAAGUUGAAGUACUCGAUUUCGAUAUGAAACCAUCUCGACUUAUUUUGAUCAGUACUAUGGUGUUUUCAUCUAAUUCCGAUCAUCGUAUUUCAUUCUAUAAUGAUUUCUAUUUUACAAGCCCAAUCACCACGCUUGUCCCCAACAACCAAACGUUACCAGUAGUUUAUUCAACCGAUAAUACACUUGCAAUCAGCGCACUAAUUCGUCGCUCGAAUGUUGGUCAUCGAGGGUUUAAAAUGCGUUUUUCAUCCAACGAACCGACAAUUUGUGCGGGCAAUUUGGACGAUAACGAAGGAUCAUUUAUGACACCGGAAAAUGUGACCAAAUUCUACUGUGAAUAUACUCGAAAAAAUCACAAGCCAUUCAAUGAAUCGCAACCAAACUUUGGUACACUUUCAAUUAAAAUACAAGAAGAAUCGCUGAACGCAAGUCGCACUACGUGCAUUCCAAACCUACCGACCGGAAUUUCGGUACUUUUCCCCAACACUGAAAAACGAAUAUUCUACACAAAAUGCCCGCCGAAAUAUGAUAAUAUCGCAUCACCGUAUCCAAAUACAAAAUUAUCACUGCGCAAUACAGUGAUGCAUAAAUACCGAUUCCCAUACAAAGUGCAUAAUUGCGGCGGCGUACUGACGGAGACAAUGAACCGAAUGACAAUUCCAACACUUUCAUCAAAUUAUGGUGAAUUGGACUGUGCGUGGCUUUAUACGACGAACACCGAACGGAAUAUUCAACUGAUUCUGAAUGCACCGGCUAUGAAUUGUGAAACCGAUUACAUAAAUAUCUAUCGAGGCAGCACACCAAAUCGACCGAAACUCAAUCGCAUUUGUGGAGAUGCCGAUCGAAAUCGUUCGAUUACAAUAAGCGGACAACAAGUAUUUGUGGAAUAUCAUUCCGAUAAUUAUAAUCCCAAUACACCGUUUUCCAUUGAUGUGGUUACUUCCAAUGGAAUAUGUGGCGGCAUUUUGGAUCCACCAAAUUAUAUAUUUUCAAGUCCAAAAGUUGGUACCAAAUAUCCACCCAACACGGAAUGCGAAUGGAAUAUUCGAGCUCAAAAUGGAUACCAUGUCGGAUUAGUUUUUACAAAUCGAUUUAUGAUCGAAACAAGCAAUAAUUGCACGAAAGACUAUGUGAAAGUUUUUAACAAGGUGGAUGGAGAAUUUAAAGAAUUGAAACGAUUGUGCGGACGUGAUACUCCACCGUAUUUGAAUUCGACGGGACGCGAAAUGAAAGUGUUAUUCCAUACAGAUGCCGAUGGUGCCGGUGACGGUUUUUCAGCUGAAUGGUUCGAAAAUUGUGGUGGUACUUUCAAAGCAACCGACAUGCCUCAAAUCAUAACAAGUCCUCGUUAUCCUGAAAAUUAUCCAAGAAAUAUUGUCUGCAAUUACUCGAUAAUUGCCGAAAAUGGUAAAUCCGUGUCGGUUAAAUUCUUGGCCUUUGAUUUAGAAACAACGAAUGCCGUAUGUAUAUUUGACAAUAUAACCGUUUACAAGCAAUCACCAUACAUGAUAUCCGACAAUAUGGAAGAAGUGGGUACUUAUUGUUUGAACAAUUCGAUCACCACAUUCCGUUAUACAUCACGAAUUGACAUUGUAUUCCGAACGGAUUCGUACAUCGAGCGUUCGGGUUUCAAAUUUGAAUAUAGUACCGAUCGAUGUGGCGGUAAUAUAACAGAACCAACACAAAUUGGAAGUUUGCACGAUGAUAAUAAUGAAGGCUAUUUGCCAUUGGCCUCGUGCAUUUGGUUUAUAACAGCGCCACGGGAUAAAAAGAUCACCGUUCGUUUUGAGCAAUUUGAUUUGGAACAAAUGGGUGGCUGUUAUUUGGAUUAUGUAGAAGUUUACGAUGGUCAUAGUACAAUCUCUGAAAAUCGAAAAGCACGCCUCUGUGGCAAUCUUACUGAGCAUAUGCCAUCCAUCAGUGUUGAUUCGAACAAAGCCAUUGUUAAAUUUGCAAGUGAUGCAACGAUCAAUGAAAAAGGUUUUAUCGCAGCCAUUCUAUUCACAAAGAAUUGUAAUCAAGACAUAGCUUUGGGUGAUGGCAUUUCGGAAUACACGCUGAACAAACUGUAUGGUUCAUACGAGCCAAAUAUGAAUUGUGAAUAUGUUGUUAGAGCACCCGUCGGUUAUGUGAUUGAAGCUAAAUUUAAUCAAAUGCAUUUGAGACCAUGUACUAAUAAUACACUUGAUAGUAAUUCAUGCACUUGUGAUUACUUGAACAUUCGUGAUGGUGGCGGACCGUUUGCUGAAUCAUUUGGUACAUUUUGCGGUAAUGAAAAUCCACCAGACAUAAUAACAACCACACCACGCAUGUACUUGCGUUUCGUAACUGACAAUGAAGGGUCUGGCACUGGAUUUAGCCUUAAUUUAAAAAUGAAAGAAUCACCAUGCGGAAGAACCGCCUAUAAUUUGAGCGAUUCUUUCAACAGCAUUACAAUCAAGUCACCGAUGUAUAACAGUACCACAUAUCAACCAAAUUUGAAUUGCAUUUGGGAAAUAUCGGUUGAAGAUGAUCACUUGGUCGAUAUUCAUUUCGAUCAAUUCGAUUUGGAAUCGGAUGAGCAAAACAAAUGCACAAAUGAUUUUCUUGAAAUCACCGAUGAUGAGAGUAAUAAAUAUGUGCGUGAAGGACUUGGUGAAAAUAUUGUAUUCUCUGGUUCAUCAAAGUUGAAAAACCAAUACUUCUAUACGGGUCGACAAUGGCCAACAGCUGCACAUCGUUACUGUGGAAACAAUACACCAAUUGACUAUCUCUCAACAUACAAAAAAAUUUAUGUGCAUUUUAAAUCGAACGAUGACAAGGAAGGACUUGGAUUUACAUUUACGGCAAAAAUAUUUGCUGAUUGUGCUCGAAAUUAUUCGCAACCGCAAGGGCGCUUAUUUGGCAAAGAACUUAUGGAUUGUGAUUCAUACAUUACUGUUCCUGAAAACCAUACGAUUUCUCUCUAUUUUGCCAUACUUGAUAUGCGUUUAAGUGACGAUUGCACCGAAAAUAACACACCUCUAAAAAUUUAUAAUGCCCGAAAUAAUGAGCUUAUAAAGUCAUAUUGUGGUGAAAGUGUGCCAUCGCCGUUAUUCACGACAACCAAUCAACUUCGACUGCAUUUCAAAAAUACCUCGCUCAUAUACAGUCCGAGCUAUUUGUACGAUAUCACUUAUUUAGCGACGGACAAAGGCUGUGGUGGUGAGUUGUACAACUAUGGCGGCACAUUCUCAAGUCCCGGCUACCCGAAUACAGAUCGAAAUAACUCUGAUUGUACAUGGACAAUAAAUGUUCCAAUGAACCUUUAUGUGGCUUUACAAUUCUCAGUAUUUGACAUGGGUCCAAGAUCAACAUGUGAAUUGAACUAUGUGGAAAUCAUCGAGAACGAUGAAAAUCUGGCAGCAACCAAAUUUUGCGGAGCCGAUAAUCCAGCACCAUACAAAGCUCGUUCCAGUCAAGUGAAAGUGCACUUCAAAAGCAGCUUAAACUUUGCCGGCACUGGAUGGGUUAUUAAUUUUAUGGCCGUACAUGAAAACUCUAUUGUGAAUAAAUUCUAAGCAGAUCUCAUCGAUUAUUUUUAUUUAGAUAUUUAUUUCGACCAUAUCCAUUUCGAAAUAAUUUCAUAUGACUUAUGGAAAUAAAGCACAAUAUUACCAAAUUAUAAAA